AAUAAUAAGACCUUUUCGUUCCAACUUUUUCCCUUCAUCUAUAGAUUCUCUUGUAGCUUUCAUUUAUUCAAUUUUUGAAUACAGGACUGCCCUUCUUCUUUUUCCUCUAUAUUUACCUCUUGACCUUCCAUUAAAGUUUCCCAUCAACCAAUUACCUGCUGUUGCUGGUUACCUCUUGUUUUCUUUAAUUUCCUGUCAAUUCUUUCAUUUCUAGGAGUACUGCAAUGGAGCAAGCUCAAUACUUGAUGUGGAUGAAGAGGAGGCAAUUCUUGAAUUCGAAUUUUCAAGCAUGGAAGAACCCAAUUAUCGAUUCUUGGGAAGAGAAAGCUUUUGCUGAAGAUGCUUCUGCGACUCUUGGCGGAUGCAUAUGGCCUCCGAGAUCUUAUUCCUGUAGCUUCUGCAAAAGAGAAUUCAGGUCAGCUCAAGCCCUAGGUGGUCAUAUGAAUGUCCAUAGGAGGGAUAGAGCUAGGCUUAAGCAAUCUCUUAGUCCUCAAAAUGAUGUUUUUCAAUAUCAAAAUCAUACCCAAAAUCCUCUUAAAUCAUUUGAUUCUCAUUUCCCAUCUGAGGUUUUCACUUUAGACUCAGGCUCUAGUCUUGUUGCUUCCACUCUUACAUCUUCUAGGGUUUCAGCCAUGUCCUCUCAAGAAAAUUUAAGUGAUCAUACGUUUGUGUCACCCCAUCCUUGUACCAUAAUUGAAGAAAAGCGUAAAGUAUCUCCUCAUAUCCAUGAUCUAUCUGGGUCAGAUUCUUUAGGAGUUAGGCUUCUUGAUAUUCCAGAUUCAAAACUAGAAGUGAAGAAUCCAAGGGAUUCCACAGGCUUGAAUCGUGAUGAUUUUGUUGAAACUGAUUUGUUUAUGGGCUUCAAUUCUGUUGUUAGCCGAAAACCACCAAGUGGUUCUUAUGGUGAUUUCAGCUGCAAGAGGCCUAAGGCCACUGCCUUCUUGAUUAAACCAUGCUCUAGUGAUAGAUACAAUUACCAACCAGAGUUAAUUGAGCCUAAUUCUACGUCCAUGGAAGACAUAGAUCUUGAGCUCAGGCUUGGUAAGCCACCAAAGGUGAAGUAGAGUGGUGCAUGCAAUUGAAGUUCUUUAAUAAGGAGGAAAAAAAAAAUUAAUGUUCAUCUUAAUUUGGUUCUUUUUUUUUCUUUUCUUUUCUUUUCUUUUCCUCUUCUCUAGAAUUUCCCCUUUGAUCUAAAGAAUGACAGGCAAAGGCCUCUGCUGAAAUCUUGUAUAAAUAUUGAAUUUUGAGUAGAAUGAAAAGCUUUUCUUCCAA